ACAAUAAAUAUGCCAUCAAAUAAAUCAACUAGGCAUGUAAAACAAAACACAAACCCUAAAAAAGCACAUUCAAAAAUAAUAUUUUCAAUAUGUUUAAUCAACAGUUAUCAGAGAUAUGUAUUAAAAAAGAGCCAGACGAUGACCUAACCUCAAAAUCCACAUUUAUUUCAGAAUUUGUAAAGAACUAUGGUGAUAUUAAAAAAGAAGAGGAUUGUGAUAGCUUAGGAUAUAAUGGAGAUUGUGAUCUGUUUUAUUUUGAAAUUUUAGAUAAAGAUUCUAUGUUGGAUGUUCAUGUCAAAGAUGAAAUCCUCCCAGAUUCAUCCUGCGAAGAGCUCCUAGAUGCUGACAUCUGCAGGGAUUUUGUUCAUUGCACCGAUUGUGAUAUUUUUUUCUGUGAUGAACAAUCUUUGAUUUAUCACAAAUUAGCCAAAAGAUGUACAAAGUACAAAUGUUUUAUUUGCCAUAAGAAGUUUCAUUUGAAAAUGGAUUUGGAUAAACAUAACAAAAUUCACAAGACUAUUUUUAAAUGCACGAACUGUGGAGAGACUUUUACAUUGGAGAACCAGUUUAGGGCACACUUGAGGAGUCAUAUGGAAAAACCUACUUGCUCAGUUUGUGGUAAAUCCUUUACUAGACUCGAGUACCUCCCAAUCCAUAUGAGACAGCACAGUGGUGAACGUCCAUUUCAGUGCCAAUAUUGCUCCAAAACCUUUGCCCGUAAACAUGGCCUGGAGUACCAUAUUCGUGUCCACACUGGUGAGAAGCCUUAUACUUGUGAAGUAUGUUCAAAAGCCUUCUCACAAUCAUCAGUUUUGCUAACCCACAUGAAACAACACAAUGAAACAAAGAACCACAAAUGCAAAUUGUGCAGCAGAUCUUUUCCUUCUCCAAAACUUUUGCAGAGUCACUUAAAAAUGCACAAGAGUGAGAAGAUUUUUAAGUGCGUCAAGUGUGAGAAAGUUUUUACUCAAUCGAGUUCUUUGAAUCUCCAUAUGAAGUGUCAUCAAGAAAAGGAGUAUAAGUGUGAAGUUUGUGGGAAGGAGUUUGCUUUGAAUAAUUAUUUGACUGUUCAUAUGAGGACUCAUACCAAAGAGAAGCCUUUUCAGUGCGAGUGGUGCUUUGCUAAGUUUACCCAAGGGAGUAGCCUUUCUUUGCACAAGAAGAAGUCUUGUAAGGGAAAGGAACGAGAAUAA